AUGUCAUCCAGAUCUGGCAGCGCAAGGGCGUAUGAAUCCAGUGACCGGUUGCCCGGUCGUUCAGCUUCCCCACCAGUCCCAGAGUCUAGUGAGACUGAGGCUGAAGGCUUGAUAUUUUAUCACAUGGAUCUUUAUGGAUCAAAGGAGAGGUUUGAUAUCUUUCCCGAAGAGCUAUCUCGUCAUGGAGACAGAUCUCUGGGGGACAUGAGAAGGGAACCUGCCUUGAGUAGUGAAAAAUUUCAUCGCCCACAAGAAGCUGGAUAUGACUUGGAAAAAGAGGUCGCAGAGUUGGCCAAGAUGUAUGGACUUGAUGAGGACAGAGAAAAAGAGAUUGAGCUUCUUGGAGACCAUCUGGAGAUGGGGGAGAGCAGAUGGACACCUGCUCGCACCAAAAAACCAGGAUCACAAGGCUCUGUAUAUAACGCAUCAAAGAGCAGCUCCCCAGUGAAAGAUCAAAGUCAGAGCCCAAAGCAACAGGAACUUCCUGACGAGGCUUCUCAAGAUGAGGAUCUGAGCAAAGCCAGAGCAGAGGAUGAGGCUGACAGCCACAUAUGGUCCAGAGAAGGGCUUAGCAGUGUCAGCACAUCGGAGGAGUGGAACAGUCAGGCUGUCAGUGAGGAGGAGGAAGCGGCGGAUGUUUUUUGUUCUACCUGCAAGAUGCCAAUCCGAGCUUUUGACAAACUGUUUGGUGAGCACAAGGAUCAUGAGGUGGCUCAGCUCCCCAGUGCUGUGGAAAGUGAAAAGGAGGAGAUCCAUAAAAACAUGUGCAAGUUGGAAGAACAGAUUGCUCAGACGGAAAAUGUUGCCAGUCACAUGGAGGAAAUCUUCAUCACUGUAGAGGAAAACUUUGGGAGGCAGGAGCAGAACUUCGAGGUGCAUUACAAUGAUGCAGUGCAAGUGCUUGCUCAGAAGUACGAAGAACAGUUGGAAGCACUGGGAGAAGAGAAGAGGCAGAAGUUGGAAGCUCUGUAUGGGCAGCUGGUCAGUUGUGGGGAACAUCUCGACACCUGCAAGGAGCUGACAGACAUAACCCAGGACCUCUACCUGGAAAAUGACAAAGCAGAGUUUAUGAAGGCAGCAGUAACCAUGGUUGACAGGCUGGAAGAAUUCUUAAAGAAAGAAAUGGAUUUAAAGCUUUCAACACUGCCAGACUUUGAAAAGAGGUACAUAGAUUUCUCUGAAGUUGAACAACUAAUGAACUCCAUUAACACUAUUCCAGCUCCUUGUGCCCCUGUGAUCAAUCCCCAGGCUCCCAAUGCAGCAACAGGCACCUCACUGAGAGUUUGCUGGGGCCUCUUCUCAGAUGACACUGUCGAGUGCUACCAACUGUGCUAUAAACCAGUGAGCAAUGAGAGUCACGGUGAUGAACAAGCAGAGCACACGCUAAAAGUCAAGGAAACCUACUGCACCAUUACUAACCUGUUGCCAAAUACACAGUAUGAGUUUUGGGUCAGUGCUAUAAAUGCCUGUGGUAUCAGCCCACCAAGUGAAAGAGCAGUUUAUGUAACAGCUCCUUCACCACCUACCAUAAAGAGUAAAAAGAUCCGAAGCUGUGAAAAUGCAGCACUGGUGUGCUGGGAAUCAAGAGACAUUAACCCUGUUGAUUCCUACACAGUUGAGUUGUCCAAGCUGACAGAUGAAGAAAACAGUGAUGCUAUUACUGAGUCUAUUGUUGGGAUCCCUAACUGUGAAGUACUAGUUCACCUCCAGCCAACACAAAGCUACCGCAUCUGUGUUAGAGCCAUAAACCUGGGUGGUCUCAGUGAAAGAAGUGAACCUGUCCUGAUACACACCACAGGCACCUACUUCUGCCUUAACGAGGACACAGCCCAUCCUUUACUGGCAAUUUUAGAUGAUGGAUUUACAAUUGCGUGUGAUGAACUGGAAAGCCCAGAGUGCGAUCUGCCCGUCUAUGACAACAGCUUUACAAGGUGCAUUGGGAUCCUGGGCAGUCUGAUCCCAUUUCCAGGAAAGCAUUACUGGGAGGUGGAAGUUGAGGAAGACACAGAGUACAGAAUCGGCGUGGCUUUUGAAAACACUCCAAGACAUGGUUACUUGGGGGCUAACAACUCAUCUUGGUGCAUGAGGCACAUCAUCACACCAUCAAGGCACAAGUACGAAUUCCUGCACAGUGGGAUGACGCCAGACAUCAGAAUUACUGUUCCUCCCCGAAGGAUUGGCAUCCUGCUGGACUACGAGAACUGUAGACUGUCCUUUUUCAAUGCAGAUGUUGCCCAGCACCUGUACGGCUUCCAGCCACGCUUCCAGCAUUACGUCCAUCCCUGCUUUGCUUUGGAAACACCCGGCAUCCUACGGAUACACACGGGACUUGCAACACCCCCAUGGGCAGCCCUCCCGUAG